AUGGAUGCCGCUGAGGGCUUGGAACAGCUUUUCGCAGCGCAUUCGGCCGUGCCUGCGUUAGCCGUGUUGGAGCUACUACGGAAGGACUUGAGCCAGCAGCAAGCUCAAAUUCUGUUUAAGAACCACCGGCAGUGUCUUCAGAUGGGAACAUGUAGUUUUGGUCGGCGCGGGCGAGCAGCGUACGCAUUGCGCACAGGUACCGAGGUGCAGCGUCUCAGGAUGGAUUUCAGCCAACAAAGCCUCAAGAGCUGCUGCACAACCACAGUCCUACCACAUUAUAUUUCACCGACGUACUUCCGCACCUUCCACAUCACCAUACGUGCUUUGGAAACGCGGGCAGCUGCUUCACAAGGGCCCCCAUCUUUAAGCAGCCCCUCGCAGAAAUGUGUCCGGUCGUACUGUGCCGAAUAA